AUGAUGCUCAUAUCGGCGCAAGGUGAGGACGAGGAGCAGCUGGGCAGCUCAUGGAGUCGUGGGACUCCAGGAAGAGGAGGAGUAUUGCAGUGUUUCCGUUGCGACCUGGGCUUCUGGGACGGCUACACCACCGAAACCAACUGCAGCGCCGGGGAGCUCUGCUUCACGGGCGGGGGAAGGCAGCUGACGUUUCUGGAUUGUAAAGACGCUGGGUUGUGUCAAACAGAGGAAUGCAACGUGGAGACCACCGUGGAGCUCUUCUCCAACAACACCGUCGUCAUGACUAAACACUGCUGCGACACGCCCUUCUGCAACGCCGCGCACCAACUUCCCGUACACACACUUUUGUAUCUCACCGUGGCUUUCCUAACCGGCUGUAACCUCACUGGAGUCUCGACGGGAUCAUAA